GAGUGGCAUUCGGAACCUCGAAGCAACAAAGGUGAAGUAAAAAGUGAGGUAAGACAUACACACGACGACUGAUCGGCAUUCAGAGGGCGGUGGGAGGCGCGCCGUUACCUACACCUUUUUUUCUCUACUGGUUUUUGAGGCGCUAGAAGUAUGGGUGUUAGUGCGCGGAUGCUGGCGCUAGUGUGGCUGUGUUGGGCUGGACGCCUCUGUGACGGUUUGGAGGCUUCAACUGAUGAUCAUUUCGAUUACAAGUUCGACAGCAGUUACAUUGCUAUGAAGAAGGCCGCCAAUGGUAUUAGCAUCCUUAAUCCUGAUAUGCUGGUCAUAUAUGGGCUGGAAGCUGCUGGGCUUUACUACGCCGCCACGCACGGAUUGUCCUACCUCGCCUAUCAGAAACUCUCCUCCAACACCACAAAGAUGUACGCUGCAGCGUUAAACGGAAAAUGCAUUACUCUGGAACAAGGAGACCACGGCAAGUGUCUCACAGAGCGGGAUUUUCGAGUGAUGAUGAUAAAAGAAGCUCGUAUGGCAUUGCAGGACGCCGCAACCUUAAUCACGGAGGCAGGAGUACGGGCGCGCUUGCAGUGGUUCAUAGAGAAUGGUGUGGAUGACGUCGUGUCCAUACUCUCCACUAGUGCCCAAAACGUUAUCCGUGAUCUGUUCUUCACGUUUAUUGGUCCCCUUCAAAACUUGUGGAUUCGAAUUGAUAAGUUUCAAAGCAUUUUAGUGGACAGGUAUUCGUCAGGCACGGGCGGCACAGACAAGCUGGUGUGGACUACCGACGGUGUUGCCAGUGAAGUAUAUGCCAUAAUUGGUGCGAUUAUCAGUAAGCAGUAUCGAGUUGCUAGAUUUUACUACUCCACGGAGGAGAGAGUAGGACAGUUCUGUGUAAUGUUUCGGGAUCACAUGGAGGCUGUUAGCAACCUGCCCAUGGCUAACAUGCACCAAGGCUCUCCCUUACCGUUCAUCGACCGCUACUGGGACGCCCGAGCCCUGGAGUACGCGGUUACCUGGAUCUUCAAGAUGAGGAAGGAAGUUAGAGACGCAGAUAAGAAGGAAUUUGAGAAAGUGCUGGCAGACCUUUAUGAUAAACUCGUGGCGGGCGAAAAUGAGGAGGCUCUGGAAUUAGCCAAUCACUUUCUCAGCAAGUCUAUGGACAUGCUGGGCCCCAAAGUGUUCAGCAAGUACCUGGAACAGCCCAUGCAUAACGAGAUCCUGCGUCUGUCGAUACCAGUACCACCCAAUCUGGAGGACACAAACCCUUCUGGUGUCCCAAAGUCUCAACAUGAAUUCGAGGUGUCGCUUAUCGAGAAUACGAUCCAUCAAUUCCUGGACGAGACGGCGGAGGACAGCGUGGGCAGGCUGCUGUUCAAUCACAUCGUCUCGGUGACGGGAGAUGAGAUGCUACAGUGAAGCGAUUACACCACCUUCGUAAACCCAUGUUAUGGCAAUAUACCGCUGAUGUGAGAUAUUCUUUUCAUAUACCUAUUAAGACUAUUACGCAAAUAACGCAAUCUCUUACUAAACAUGUGCAAACCAAUAAACAUUGUAGAAUUAU